UCAGAUUUGAAAAAUUUGGCUCUGGAUCUCUGCACAACUUAUCUUGAUCCCAUUCUAAUUGUUUUUGUGUUGACAGUCAAAUAUGACUUUUUAAUUCACCGCAAACGUGUCCUACUGAUCCUGUACGUUCUUAGUUGUAUUUUUUUUCUAUUUCCUACAGCAGAUCGUAUAUCAUACAUAACAAUUAAAGAUUUUACGAAAAUGAUCGAGUGCCAACUGUCGAGGACGGGCGAGACGGGCGAAAUCCCGGUAACCCAAGUGUUCUACUCGUUCCACGACUCGCCCUACGGGAGCUGUUUGAUAGCAUUCGUUGAGGACAAUAAAAACAAGGAAAAGGUAAUCUGCCACUUGGUGUUCGUAGACGAGAACAGCAAAGCCGCCAAGGAAGAAAAAGAGAAGCUCUUGCGGCUGAGAUUCCCGGGCGCCCAGUUCCACCAAGAGAGCAGGCAAACCAAAGAGCUGGUGGACAAAAUCUUCUACAAGGACCACCCGGAGAGCAAAACCCGACUACGGGUACUGCUCAAGGGAACCGAGUUUCAAAUGAAUGUCUGGGAAGAGUUGACGAGGAUUCCCGUGGGAACUCUGGUGACGUACGCAGAGGUAGCCCAACAGGUGGGCAAACCCAAGGCAGUGCGAGCGGUCGGGAGUGCUCUGGGGGCCAACCAAGUUGUUUACUUGAUCCCCUGCCACAGGGUCAUUUGUAAAUCGGGCUACAACAAAUUUACCGGGUGCGUUCAGAGAAAGAUUUCAAUGCAAGAGUACGAGCGUAAUUACGUCGAUCAGAAUAACACUACUUCUAGGUUCUUCAAAGCCUAGCAGGAAAGUGUCUUCAGAGCUUGGAUGGAAAAUAACGUCCAACUGCUAUCGCGCGUUUUUGAAACGUUUAUUUUGUCAUUCUCGUCUUAGGCUAUGAGAUCAUGUACCUUUUGUUAUCUCUUUAUGUAUAAAGAGCACCCCUCCAAGUACGUUUUUUUCGAUAAACUUUUGAACUUGUUCAUUUCGCUAUAAAAUAUGUCAGUUUGUUGUAAACAUUGUAAAUAGAGGUAGUGUGUUCAAUUAAAACAAAAAGGAACAACAAUAAUUAUUCAAUAGGUCGA